CAUUACCGCCGAGCUUCUCGCCGGGCGGGGCUGCGUUGGGCCCCUGGAUUUCGGGAACCCUCGGGGUUUCAUCUUUGCCGUGGUCCCGCGGAGCCGGGACCCUGCGAGGCGGAACCGCUCCCUCCCGACAGCCACAGUGUUUUUCCUGUUCCAGAACGCAGCGGGGAAUCUUUCUUCAGCCCUGCGCUUGCCGAUGUCCAUCCAUCUUUCCGCCCCUCACGGAGCUGUGCUAAUCCUUACCAAGGAUAGGUGUUAGCUAGGCUUUUUUGGGGAGUUACCUUUUUUUUUCCCUUGAGCUCUUGUUCACAGCGGGAUGCGCCUGACCAGACUUAGAGGUUCAUUUCGGGCUGGGCAGGAAAGGGCGGGAGCAGCCGCUUUUAAAAUACUGCAUCGUCCCAUUUAAAACAGCCUUGUUAAAAUUGCGUUUAGUUUUAGUUCAUUACAUUGUGUGUCGUACACCUUUCCCAGGCAAAAUCAUACCCAAGGGUUUCUUCUUCUUCCUCUUCUGUAAUUAACAAAUCUUUUUUAUUUGGGAAGAGAGAGAGGAAUCUUACAUCAGGUUCAGUCCCCAGAUGCUGGCCAAUGGGUGGUGAGCCAGGUGGAAGCCAGGAGCCUAGAACUCAAUCCAGGUCUCCCACGUGGAUGGCCAGGACCCAACUACUUAAGAUUUAGAUAUUUGAAAUAUAUAUAUAUAUAUAAAGAGAAAGCGAAGGAGAUCUCCCAUCUGCUGAUUCACUCCUCAAAUGGCUGUGCCCAGCUGGGCCAGGAUGAAGCCAGGAGCCCCUACGUGGGUGCAGGGGCCCGAGCAUUUGAGCCAUCCUCAGCUGCUGUCUCAGGUACAUUAGCAGGGAGCGGGAUCAGAAGUGGAGCAGCCGGCACUGGAACCGGUACCCAUAUGGGAUGCUGGCACUGCAGGUGGCGGCUUUCCCCAAGUUGUAUUCCUUUCACAUUAGAGGGGUAGAACACUGCAGGGCUGGCCAUUGUCCUAAACCUUUUACAGCUAUGGACUUGCCAGAUGAGACCCAGUGGGAUGAAACCACCUGCAACUUAGCUCUCUGUCAGCAUCCACAAUGCUGGGCAUCUUUCCGCCGGAUUGAGAGGGGCCAUCCUCGGAUCCUGGGCUCACCCUGCCAAACCCCCGUGGGUCCUGAAGAUAAACUCCCCAUGCUCACGGUGGUAAACAUCUCAGACUCCUGCUUCCGGGCCAAGAGACUUGCUCGUCGUCCAUUAUUAGCAUCUGCCGUCAGCAAGGCUCAUGCCUUAUUGUCUCGGGAAUCAAAAUUUGACUCAAAAUUUCAAGACAGGCCUCAGAAGGGUUUACCUGACGAUUUGAGCAGCCUUACUGAGAGAGCUCCCAAACUUUCAGUGUUGAAUUUGAAUGAGAUAGAAAUUCCCUCCUCUAAAGACGUUAGAAAUAUGGUUGUGGUCUGGAUCCCAGAAGAACAGGAGAAGCCUGUGAGCCAGCAUGAGAAAAAGAAAAGAAAGAAAUCAACAGUGAAGAACAAGUUGUCUCUGGGUCUGCCUGGAAAGCAGCACACAAGAGCACAGUUGAGAGCGCCGGCGAUAACUGUGCCCCCCGCUUCUCCAGUCCAUUUGUAUGAGCAGUUCAGUUCGGAAUCCAUGCCUGUGUGGGCCCCAGUUGACAUGUUACCUCUGGAUCUGGUGGCCGACCUUUUCCCAGGUGGAGGGAGAGACAUGCCUUGCCCGGAGUUGAAGAUCCAGCUGGCCAUGGUGAAGAAGACACUUCCCCUGGAAAAGGACCGGCCCGACAGUGCGCUUUCUUCUAAGAUGUUUCUGACUACCCACCGCCUCACCCUGCAGAGACCAUCGUUACGAUAUCCUGAGCAUUGGAAGAAGUUACAAUACAGCCUAAAGAUAGAAGGUCUCAGGAAACAGCAGUGGUGGCAGCAGCAACAGAGGAAGGGGGCUAAAAAGAAAGCCAAAGGCGAUGCAAAGAGGUGGGACAUGUCUCGUCAACAUUCGGUUAACAUCGUCUGCGACUCUGUCUGUGAAUCCGAUGGGAUGCUGCAGGAAGAAGGUCCUGAAUUGUCUGAGUUGGAACCUGCUUAUGAGAACAAUAGCACUGCAGCGGAGGCUGUACUGGAAGCCAGGCGAGAGACCUCCAAGAGGCUUGCAGGAAGUGUGACCGGAGUAAGCUGGAACCCUGAGCUCAAACUCCUGAGGAUUAUUCAGGCCACUGAUGACGAGGAGCAGGAGAACCAAGCCUCUGGGGCACAGAGUGAGGAGUCUCUGGAGGCCUGGGCUGCGGACGAGACUGAGGAAGCCUUAUCCAGAGCAGAAUGGCUGGCAGCCCGCGGAUCGCGGCCUUCGCUCUGAGGGAAGAAGGGAGAGGGGACUUCCGUCCUCUGGAGCCCUCACCAGCGCCAUUCUGUUGCUGUCAUUCACUUCUCGCCUCUAAAAUAAAUGAGGGAGAAAAGCCCCACCCAUUUUAAACUUAGAUUAUUUCUCUUUCAUGAGAGUCCGAAUAAUUUUAGUGAAUAAAUGCAACUACUUUUCUAUCAAAA